AUGGUUCCUACGGAGGCGCAUACACUUGACUGGAAUUCAGACGAGGGCUCAGGGUUCGUGUCCAUCCACGGCCGGGACAUCUUUGUCAGCGUCCGAGGUCCGCCGCGCCGUCCUGGUCAACCCGUAGUCAUCUGCGAGGCAGGCCGCGGGUGCACGAGCUACAUCUGGUCGGCCGUGCAGUUACAAGCGGGCAAGUUUGUACGCAUCUUCGCAUACGACCGUGCUGGGAUGGGUCGGAGCCAGCCCGGACCAAGUCCACGAAAGGCCGCAGUCGCUGCGCAAGAUCUGUCGGAUUUGCUCGAUUCUGCAAACAUCUCGGGGCCGUACGUGUUGGUUUGUCACUCGUAUGGCGGUAUCCUAGCCCGCGAAUUCCUCCAUAUCCGGAACGAUGAUGUUGCUGGCAUCAUCUUUGUCGACACCAUCACUGAACGUUAUUCGUCUGAUGAACCUCUACCCAUGGCUGAGUUUGGUGCUGUCCUGGGCAAUCUUGACUUUUGGGAAAUAUCUGGCCUUGCCAAGCGACAAUCGCUGAGUCCGGUUGACUGGGAACUGAGUUUGAAGAUGUGGCCGCGCGACAGGGAAACCUUCGCGGCGGAAGCAGGUGCAGUUACAAUAAGUGAGCAGGAGCUCGCGGGAAAGAAUCAGUUCGACGGACAAGUUAUGGGUAACCGGCCAUUGGUCGUCAUCAAGGGGAAUGCUACACAGGAAUUUUUGGCCGUGCUUAAUGCAGGAGAAGCUGCUGGCAAUGGCACCGCGAGCCAGAGAGCGAUUCUUCGCGAAUACACCAAGACAAGCGAGGCAACAAGAGAAAGGCACCAGAGGGAACAGCUAAAGCUCUCUACUAACAGCCGUUAUGUUGUUGCCCAACACGGGUACCACUCGGUACAAGUGUCUGAGCCAGAGUUGGUUGUUGCAGAGAUAGAGACUAUGCUGAGACGUCUUGAGUCUAUCGGCACAGCUUGA